CGCGGGCACGUUGAAUGUAGGUCUUUGGUAUCCCAAAGGUUCAACAUGUCAUCUUGUUGGCUAUUCCGACUCGGAUUUUGCAGGUUGCAAACUCGAUAGGAAAAGUACCAGCGGUACUUGCCACUUAUUCGGUCAUUCGCUAAUCUCGUGGUUUAGUAAGAAAUAGGCAAAUGCCGCAAUGUGGGGAGUUCGACGUUUGACUCCGUCAUCUCCUCCCAGAUUGAUUGAGACAUGGGUUUGAGCAUUAGGUCCUCUAACUUUCAUCCUUUUCUUUUCGGAUCUAAGCGUCAUCUUCGUCCCCCAGAAACCCGAGCCAUGAAAGCAAGGAAACUUUGUGGGGUUUCUCUCUCCCUGUUGAUAAUCAACAUGGCUGCUAUAAUGGAGCGUGCGGAUGAGAACCUCCUUCCAGCUGUGUACAAAGAAGUCAGUGAAGCAUUUACUGCAGGGCCAUCUGAUCUGGGGUACCUCACAUUCGCGAGAAACUUUGUCCAGGGAAUUGCAUCACCUCUUGCAGGUGUACUGGUCAUAAACUAUGAUCGCCCGACAGUACUUGCAAUCGGNGCUGGGCUCUGUCAACAGGAGCUGUGGGUGCCAGCCAGUAUUUUUUGCAGGUCUUGUUGUGGAGAGCAGUAAAUGGAUUUGGACUUGCAAUCGUUAUACCCGCACUUCAGUCCUUCAUUGCUGAUAGCUAUGUGGAUGAGGCAAGAGGGACUGGAUUUGGGUUUCUGAAUCUUAUUGGGAUUGUGGGGGGCAUAGGAGGCGGGGCUAUUGCCACAGUGAUGGCCGGUUCCAAUUUUUGGGGCAUUCAAGGAUGGCGUUGUGCAUUUAUCAUGAUGGCAACACUGAGUUCUUUAAUAGGGUUUCUCGUGUUCACGUUUGUUGUUGACCCAAGAAAACUGGCUAGGAUUGACCACGACAAUGCAAAAUCUUCCGAAAGAGAUGACUUAAUACAGAAGGGAAAUGCAAGUUCAAUGUCGAUCUGGGGGGAGUCGUGGACAGCAACGAAAGCAGUUAUGAGAGUGCAAACGUUUCAGUAUAUCGUGCUGCAGGGUUUGGUGGGCUCAAUUCCUUGGACUGCAAUUGUCUUCUUCACACUAUGGUUUGAAUUAAUUGGUUUUGAUCAUAACAGUGCAGCGACUCUUGUGGGUCUUUUUGCCGCAGGGUGUGCUUUGGGCUCCUUUCUUGGGGGAGUAUUAGCAGACCGGAUCUCAAAAGCAUACCCUUAUUCGGGACGCAUCAUGUGUGCACAAUUCAGUGCCUCUAUGGGCAUCCCUUUCUCUUGGUUCCUCCUCCGAAUCAUCCCACAAUCCGUAAGCAGCUACGGCACUUUUGGCACCACCCUUUUCCUGAUGGGACUCACCAUAAGCUGGAAUGGCACUGCCACUAACGGUCCCAUGUUUGCAGAAGUUGUGCCUCUGAAACACCGCACCAUGAUUUAUGCUUUUGAUCGUGCAUUUGAAAUAUCCUUCUCUUCUUUUGCCGCUCCGACUGUUGGCAUCCUUGCUGAGAAAAUAUAUGGCUAUGAUUCCAAAUCUGUUGUGGAUCCGCUCCUGGGCUCUCCUCGAGAGGCCUAUGCACUUUCAAGAGGACUUUUCGCAAUGAUGGCGGUGCCAUUUGGUUUGUGUUGCUUGUUCUACACGCCCCUGUAUUGGACAUUCAAACCAGACCGUGACAAUGCUAGAGUUGCCGGUACAAAAGAGACAGAGAUGCUAUGAUAUCUAUUCAUUCAUUCCAACGAAGAAGCAUCUCAUCCCACGGAGACCAAAUCUCAUUUCAGAUUCAGAUUAGAGAGGGAAGUGAGUGCACUUGUCUUCUCCGCUUUUUUUUCCGCUUUGUUUUCCAUUCUAGACCUCCAGCAUCAGUAAAUGACCCUUAUUUAA